AUGAGUGCGACAACCUCGUCGUUUCGUCAGCAGUAUCCUGAGUAAAAACGUACCCACACCAGAGUCAAGAUGGGGAAUCGGCUAGACAAAUCCACAAGUUUUGGCUGUUUUGCAUGACAAAUUUGGAUUCGUAGUGUAGUGCUGUUUGAGCUAGCUCAGCAGCAUCACAGAUCUAGCAUACCAUGCUGAUUGGAGCAUGGCCAAUUGCAAAACACGACUAGAAAAUGCUUCUCAUGGGGCUCCGCAUGAGAAACAUUUUCAGCAUGCAGAUUUGCAUUACAACUCUGGCGUGGGUACGUUUUUACUCAGGAUAAGCAGCAGCAGGAUCAUAUGUUGGAAAAACACGAACCCCACGCGACGUCGUCCAGGGAGCAGGAGGACACUCACGUCGGAGCAAGCAUGUCGAGACGACGGCUCAGCCUCGGCACCGCCGCGUGUUUGGUCCUUCUCUUACUGCAGAUCGGGCUUACGCGGAUUCUGCUUGCUGCGGUGCAGGUAACAGAUGGUGGAGGAGCAGUCGUGUGUGUCAAGACACAGCAUCAUGAUCCGGGGACAUCAAGUGCACGCCCACAAGGUGUAGAACUACAACCAGCAGGACCAUCUACUUCCCCAUCGGUGCCUGUAGUCCGCGGGGACAGAGAAAAGAAUCAAAGCACAAAUAAGAACGUAGAAUCUUUACAAAAAAUACCCAAGAAGGGAGUAGUCCUCUCCUGCGGGAAUGGUGCGCCAACCCUGGAAGCCGGCCCGGGCGGGCGAUUCUCAUCGGAGGAGCUGGACAAGUUUGACUUGGAAGACCCUCGAGUGAGUCGGUUUCAACUAGUCGACACCGUGAAGCGGUUCCGAAAACGCGUGAAGCAGCUGGACGAGAUGAACGCACAGCUGACUGCGCAGGUCUUGCAAGCAACAGAAACGCAGAAAAUAACCGGCGGCGCUGCCUCGUCCAGCAAGUCGGCGGGAGGUACGACUUCUACCAGUACUAGCGCGGGCUCAAAAUCUUCAAAAACGUCACUGCUCGGCGGGAAAAAGGGCGGAGGUGGCGUGACGAAGCAGAAAGGCGCGGCGAAUGAUCCAUGCGGCGGCAAUGCUAAUAAAACGGAUCAGUUUCUAAGACCGUCAGCGAUUCCGGACAAAUCAGUAGCACCAUGCGCAACGGCGUGGGAAAGAGUGGCGCCGUCACGGGACGCCGGCUUUGAAAAUGACACGAGGUACGCGGGCCCUUGCGACGUCGCAGCGGUGGACGGCAACAUCACGAAAAAGUAUGAUGUCUGGCGGUGCCCAGAAACCGCGACGCGCGGCCACUUUUUCGUCCGAAACCUGCGCUGUCAGGAAGGAAGCGUGACUUUUUCCAAUGAUGCCGCCUACGUGCAGCGUGUCAAGAAGCUGGUUGGGUCCGACGAGUUCGAGUUCUACCUGUUGGGGCCGGAGCUUCACGCACUAACGGACCCCUCGGGUUUUCGAGUCCUCGGGGACUGCCAAUACCAGCUGCUGUACAACGUGACGACGCCGGGACGCUACCGCGCCGAACUGUGGAUGCAGCGGGAGCGGUGGAGGGGAAUCAGCGAAGCGGAGCCGAGAAAGUGGAUAGCAGGGAACAACGACGACGUUCUGGGCUCGCGGGUGUUCAUAGACUUGGGUGGAACAAGUGGAGCUGCUGACGUCCUAGCUGCCGGAACCGCUCAACAGCAGCUUCCUCGGUGCGACUUGAAGAAAAAUCCGGGUGACUUCGGGUUUGGCCGCUGGGUUUUUCGCGGCAAUGGCACCGCGAGAGACGCGAAGCUGGCCGCUUACCGCCCAGAAAUGGUGGCCCGCGAGAAUUUGGGAGCCUUCAAGGAUCACUACGUGUGGGAGCCGCGCAACUGCCACCUGCCGUACUUGGCUGGGGACCGCGCCGCGCAGUGCCUGCAGGGCAAGGGCAUCCUGGUGGUGGGCGACUCGCACGCGCGCACGCUCUACAACGCCCUCGUGAACCACAUUUGCGGGCCCAAGGGGCCUCUCGGUGGGUGGGCCUCGAAUUCCUGCCUCGAAGGCAAAAACCUCCCGGACCGCUGCAAAAACAUCAAGCUGUGCGUGCAGCACGACGUGUUCAACACCCGGCUGGCGCAGACGCCCGAGCAGUUGAAUCUUCAGAACUUUGACCUGGUCAUUGCCGGGAUGGGCCAGCACGCCUCUGCGGGUAAUUCCCGCUGGAAAACAGCGCGGUACGUGGAGACAGUUUCGGCUCGCGGUGCGGGUUUUGCGGCGGCGGUGAAGAAGUUCGGCAAGCCGAUUUACUGGCACGAUUUGAACGACUUUCCGUUUCGCAACGACGGGUUCGUGCGCGGCUUCCAGGAUCGCCGUGGCCACUCUUUCAUGCGGCUCUGGAACACGUACGCCGCCGAGGAAAUGGAAAAAAAACAUAUUCCGGCUCUACCCGCGUUUCCUAGCAGCCAAGCCUGGCAGCGCCACACCGAUGCCCACAUGCCGCUGCCCAUUGUUCAGGCGAGCGUGGCACAGUUUAUCUGGAACGUCCUUGGCUGUAGUACGUAG